GAAAAUUUCGGGAUAAAAUGACGGAAUCCUUUGACGACGUCGCUUCAAUGUCUGCAACUGGAAGAACUUUUUCUGCUUCUCCUUCUCUCCAAGACGAUGCUCUUAACAUACAUCUGAAGUGAUCACAGAAUAUAAGAAUAUGCUUCAAAUCAAGAGCUUUAAGCAUGGCUACCUUUUUAGAGUAUUGUGACUGUUUAAAGCUUUAAAGCAUGAAGGGGUGUUGCUGAUUUUGGCGUUCCAGUUGGAUCCCGUGUUUGGGAUGACUGUUGAGAUGCUGCGUAUUUUUAUCGUCAAUUCUGUUGCAUAGUCCAUUAUGGCAUCCCGGCAUUCCUUGGUCCUUCUGGUCUUUCUCGCUUGGCUGAGCUUCGGUUCGUCGGACUCGAAUGAUGGAGCGACAUUAUUGGAGAUCAAGAAGUCGUUUCGAGAUGUCGACAAUGUAUUAUAUGAUUGGACGGAUUCGCCUACUUACGGGUACUGUUCGUGGAGGGGGAUAACCUGUGACAACGUGACCUUCAAUGUCGUUGCACUUAACCUGUCGGGUUUAAAUCUUGGUGGAGAAAUCUCGCCUGCCAUUGGAGAUUUGAAAAGUUUAUUAUCUAUAGAUCUGAGGGAAAACCUUCUCUCUGGACAGAUUCCUGAUGAGAUUGGUGACUGUUCAUCUUUGAAGAGCCUGGACUUGUCCUUCAAUAACAUUUACGGGGACAUACCAUUUUCAAUAUCAAAGUUGAAACAGAUAGAAUUUCUGAUUUUGAAAAACAACCAGUUGAUUGGAUCCAUUCCUUCAACUUUUUCUCAGAUUCCAAACUUGAAGAUAUUGGAUCUGGCCCAGAACAAAUUAAGUGGAGAAAUACCAAGGCUCAUUUACUGGAGCCAAGUGUUGCAGUAUCUGGGAUUGAGAGAUAACAAUUUGGUAGGGACUCUAUCUCCUGAUAUGUGCCAAUUGACCGCAUUGUGGUAUUUUGAUGUAAGAAACAAUAGCCUCACUGGAAGUAUUCCUCCAAAUAUUGGCAAUUGCUCUGGCUUCCAGGUCUUGGACUUGUCCUACAACCAGCUCACAGGAGAGAUUCCAUUCAAUAUAGGGUUCCUCCAAGUAGCUACGUUAUCUCUGCAAGGAAACCAGCUUUCUGGGAAAAUUCCACCAGUGAUUGGUCUGAUGCAAGCUCUUGCAGUGCUAGAUUUGAGUUGCAACAUGCUAACUGGAUCUAUUCCUUCCAUUCUUGGCAAUCUGACUUACACAGAGAAAUUGUACUUGCAUGGUAACAAGCUGACAGGAUCCAUUCCACCAGAGCUUGGGAACAUGACGAAACUCCACUACUUGGAACUGAAUGACAACAUGCUCACAGGGCAAAUUCCACCUGAGCUUGGAAAGCUCACUGACCUGUUUGACCUAAAUGUGGCUAACAACAAUCUUGAAGGGCCAAUUCCUGAUGAUCUUAGCUCAUGUACAAAUCUCAAUAGCCUCAAUGUGCAUGGCAAUAAAUUGAAAGGAACUAUCCCAUCUAAAUUGGAAAGGCUGGAGAGUAUGACAUACUUGAAUCUAUCAUCGAACAAUCUCAAAGGUCCCAUUCCAAUUGAGCUAUCCCGGAUUGGUAAUUUGGACACUUUAGACAUUUCUAAUAAUAAGAUUAGCGGCUAUAUUCCUUCUUCUCUUGGUGACUUGGAGCAUCUUCUAGAAUUGAAUUUGAGUAAGAACCGUUUGGUUGGGAUCAUUCCAGCAGAAUUUGGGAACUUGAGGAGUAUCAUGAAUAUAGACCUUUCAAAUAAUCACCUACUGGGUCCAAUUCCUGUGGAACUUGGUCAGCUACAAAAUUUGUACUCUUUGAGAAUCAAUAACAACAAUCUAUCAGGGAACUUGUUCCCUCUGGUUAGCUGUUUCAGCCUUACCAUCCUGAAUGUAUCUUACAACAAUCUAGUUGGUGCUAUUCCUACAGGAAACAACUUUUCAAGGUUUUUGCCAGAUAGCUUCAUUGGAAACCCUGCUCUCUGCGGCUAUUGGAUCAGUUCUCCAUGCUACACGUCUUUUCCACCAGAACGAGUCUCAAUCUCCAAAGCAGCAAUCCUAGGGAUUGGCUUGGGUGCCCUUGUGAUCCUUCUUAUUAUCUUGGUGGCAGUACGCUGGCCGCAUAAUUCAACACCUUUUCUAGAAGGAUCUCCUCACAAACCAGUGAACUAUUUGCCACCAAAGCUGGUCAUUCUUCACAUGAACAUGGCUCUGCAUGUCUAUGAGGACAUCAUGAGGAUGACUGAGAAUCUGAGUGAAAAGUAUAUAAUUGGUUAUGGUGCAUCAGGCACAGUGUACAAAUGUGUGUUGAAGAACUGCAGACCAGUGGCCAUCAAGAGACUGUACUCUCAACACCCACAUACCCUGAAGGAAUUUGAGACAGAGCUUGAAACAGUUGGGAGCAUCAAGCACCGGAAUCUGGUCAGCCUCCAAGGUUAUUCCUUGUCCCCCUUUGGGAACCUGCUCUUCUAUGACUAUAUGGAAAAUGGCAGCCUCUGGGAUCUCCUCCAUGGACCUUCAAAGAAGAAGAAACUAGAUUGGGACACUCGCCUUCGGAUAGCAUUAGGAGCAUCUCAAGGGCUGGCAUACCUACACCAUGACUGUAACCCACGCAUAAUCCACAGAGAUGUGAAGUCAUCCAACAUACUGUUGGAUAAAGAUUUUGAAGCCCAUCUCACUGACUUUGGAAUUGCCAAGAGCUUGUGUAUUUCCAAGUCGCACACCUCAACCUAUGUUAUGGGAACAAUAGGCUACAUUGACCCUGAGUAUGCUCGAACCUCCCGUCUCACUGAGAAAUCUGAUGUCUACAGCUAUGGAAUUGUACUGCUUGAACUUUUGACUGGAAGGAAAGCUGUGGACAAUGACUCCAAUCUCCACCAACUGGUCAUGUCCAAGACUGCCAACAACGCUGUCAUGGAGACCGUUGAUCCAGAAAUCUCAGCCACAUGUAAAGAUCUUGGAGCAGUAAAGAAGGUGUUUCAGCUGGCCCUUCUCUGCACUAAGAAACAAGCCAGCGAUAGGCCAACAAUGCAUGAGGUGACUCGGAUCCUUGGGUCCCUCGUGCCCUCAGAAGAAACUAAAUGCUUGCACCAACAAUUUGCACUUCAAGCACCAGUGUCUCCCACCAAGACCAACGUGUCGAGUUACAUGGACGAGUAUGCCAAACUCAAGAACCCACACAUGGUAAAUUGUGCAUCCCUGAGCACCUCAGACGCACAACUAUUUCUUAAAUUUGGAGAGGUCAUUUCGCAGACCACCGAGCGACCAAAAUUAAUGUAAAUCUCCAGUGUAUGAAGAUCUAAUAUCAUAAAAUUGAAUAACAGCAAUUGAUGAUUUUACUGAA